CUCUCCCCUCCCCCCUGUAGCUUCAGUGUAUCUCUGUUGUAGAUGUAUCGUGAAGUGUUAAACUCUAUUGGCUAUCUCUUUCCAAGAUAACUGAUCAACUGAGAGGACAAAGGGACCUCUUUGUGAUAAGGACACUCCUUGCGCCUUUGAGGCACGGGAGAGACUGAUCCACCAAGAGGCCCCACAUGUUGCUGCAUCAAACAAGAUGUUCGGGAUUGUUCUGCUUCACUGAGGCAGAAAGACAGCGAAUUACCCUUGUCACGGAAACUUUUCCGAAUCUUUCAUAGCCUUUCUGCCGCAAUUCGAUUCGUCUCUGUUUAAAGCCACUCACUGUUAGAAUUCCAAAAUGUUUUAAACUCUCAUUUAAACUCUCAUCACUUGCUGAACUGAGAGUUAGGCAGAAGCUACUCCAAAGAAAGAAGCACCCAUCAAAAGGAGAUUGCGUCCUGGAAACAAGAGUUUGCUAAAUUCUCCAUCGAGAAUAUUACAGAUACUGUAGUGCGAUGAUGAGACUUCAUGGCUACAUCAACCACAGAACCGACCCUGUUUCCAUGGCAAUUACCCAGCUGGCCCUCCUUGUUUCCAUUGGCUUCAAUCAAGCACUGCGUCAAACUGUGAAUCCAUUGAGAGAGAACUCCCCCUUCACUGCUCUGUGGAAUGCACCCAUCGAACUAUGUGAGAGCAAAUUUGAUGUUACUGUAGACCUGAGCCUUUUUGAAGUCAUCGGUAGCCCUAUAGAAACUGCUACAGGGCAACCCAUCACAAUAUUCUACCACAAUAGGCUUGGUUAUUAUCCAUACUAUGACGAGAUAACUGGAGAGUCAUUUAAUGGUGGUAUCCCCCAGCUGGCACCCUUCGACCUUCAUUAUGCGAAGGCAGCUGAAGAUUUUCAGUAUUACAUUCCUUCAAAAGAGCCUCCUGGAAUUGCAAUAAUAAAUUGGGAAAACUGGAGGCCUCAAUGGAUAAGAAACUGGGACCAGAAGGAUAUUUACAGGACAAAAUCAGUCGAGCUGGUUAUGCAACGAAACCAGUUGUUAAACCUGAGUGAUGCAAUUGUGAUCGCCAAGAAGGAAUUCGAAGAGCAGGCAAAGAACUUAAUGUUAAACACUUUAAAAUUAGGCAAGUCAUUAAGACCAAAUCACUUCUGGGGAUAUUACUUGUACCCAGAGUGUUACAAUUACAACUACAAGGAUAAUAAUAGUAACUACUCAGGGAGUUGUCCUGAUAUUGAAAUAGAUAGAAACAAUGAUCUUCUCUGGCUGUGGAAUGAGAGCACAGCACUGUUUCCAUCCAUCUACCUGCAGACAAUGCUCCGAGCUUCAGUCAAUGCUGCUAAGUUUGUACGACACCGGAUUCAGGAAGCAAAGCGAGUCGCAUUGCUUUCCAAACAGGAAUAUUCACCUCCUUUGUAUGUCUACACGCGGCCAGUUUUUACCAAUGCUGCCAAUGACUACCUAUCUGAGAUUGACCUUGUCCAUACCAUUGGGGAAAGUGCGGCUCUGGGAGCGGCUGGGUUUGUGUUGUGGGGCAGUUUGAGUAUGACUGAAACAGAGAAGGUGUGUUUGGAUGUUGCCAACUAUGUUAAAGAAGUCCUGAAUCCUUAUAUUGUUAAUGUGACAUCUGCAGCAAGGCUUUGCAGUAGAAUACUGUGCCAGAAGAAAGGACGGUGUGUGCGAAAGAACUGGGCCUCCCCUGAUUAUCUGCACUUGAACCCUGCGAGUUUCCGAAUCAGCCGAAGUGACAAUGGAUACACAGUCAUGGGACGAGCUUCCUUUGAAGAUAUUCUCUUUUUGGCAGAGGCGUUCACUUGUCAGUGUUAUGCAGGGCAGAAAUGUGAGCCUGCCAGUGGCAUUGUGAACCAUAUCACUGAAUUGGAUGCCUGUGUUAAUCCUUACAAUUGUAUCAAUUUAAAUCCUUAUAUAAAAUCGUCCACCAAAUCAAACAUUAUUGAUCCAACUUCAAUCCAUCCAACUUCUGCUAUUUUUUCCCAAAAUUCUGCUUGUUCUAAGUAUGUUUCUGUAUAUUCCCCUUUAGCUACCAUAAUUUUUAGCGUACUUUACAAAAUUCAUCAAAUGUGAUUUUGUUUUCAACUAUGUGCUCAAUUCUGUCCAACUUUAAUUACUAAGCACCUAGAACUUGGAUUCUCACCGGGAAUGCUGGGCUGUGACCUGUUGAAAUAGUUCAUUUAAUGUAUAAAUGUCAAUGUUCUUGUCCUUGGAUAUUACAGGAUAUCCUGUCCUUCAAAUGAUUGGUCAACUUGAUAACUCAGCCUUUUGAGUACAUCACUUUGAAGUAAAGUGUUGCAUGUUUGUUUCCUCAUGAGCCGUGUCAGUCAAGCUCAUUGUUUUAGCUGGGUGAGUUCUGUCAGCACACAAAGAGCACACUGAAUAGAUUCCUACCAAAUGGAUUAUGAUUCAAAAACAUGAUCAAUCUCUGUGGACAACUGUUUAUGAACUGUGCAAUAUAUCACAGAGAUUAAAUUGCGCUUUUUGAUGGCACAUUUAUAACAUGACUCAACAAAUUCUAUAAUUAGAAAUCAACCUCUGAGGACCCUGUAAUCCUAAAUUCUUCUUGUACCCUCAGAGAGAGCUGCCAUUCAGAGGUUGGGGGUUGCUUCAGCACAAGUUAGGAAGGAAAUAUCAGCUUGAGUAUUAAAGAGGGAGAAAAUGUACUAGACAGAAAACUCCUCUACUUCUCUCUACUGACAGUAUGCCACUCCUUCCCCAAACUCCGUUUGUUACUGUGAAGUCAGUUUCUAAUGAAAACAGUAGUCUGUGCUGUAAAUAUCAACUGGUUGAACCAUAAUGUACUUGUGCGUUGAAGUCCUACUCCAGAAUUUAAACACAUUAUCUAAGCUGACUUUAUUGAAA